AUUUAUUAAACUAGAAAAAGACUUGGAUCAAUCAUAGAAGAAGAACCGAGUUUUAGGGUUUUGGUAGACAAGAAAAAAAGAAGAAAAGAAUGGCAAAGUGUUUCAACGUGGUUCAGAAGCAGAAGAGAGCCCAAAUAGCGGAGAGAAAAAGAUUAAUUCAUGGUGACCCUGCAACUAAGAAGCUAAAGAACAAAUCCCAAUCACUCUCCGUCUCUGGAAAACGCAAACGGAAGCUUCUCAAAAAAUGGCGCAGGGAGCAAAAGGAGGUUAUAGAGAAGGGUUUGGUGACUAUGGAAGAUGUGGAAAUGGUGGCUGCUGAAGGUACAACUGAAGAUGGAGGCACAUCCCAAGAUGCCACCAUCAAAGCGCCAACAAAGUUCCCCAUGAAGAAGAAUUUGAAGCUCAAACGCAUUAAUCGAAAAGGGAAAAAGAAGGGUGGUAGUUCAAAGGCUGGGAUUGAAGCUGCUUCAGUGGAUUCCAUGGUAGAAUAAGUUUUCGAGGACUCAAUAGUGUUGUACCAUUUUGUGUAGAAAUCAACUUGGUAACGAUAUUUGAUAGCUAAUGUAAUUUUUAUUUUAUUUUAUUUUAUUCCAUUAGUAGCAUCUACGUUUUGCACACAAUUGUUCUUACCUUAACAAUCAUGAGCAAAAGAUGUUUGGAUAUUAAAAA